GGGAGGAGGUGGAAUUGCAUUUCUGCCGCUAAAGCGUUCGCGGAGACUUCAAGGUAUAAUCUAUCCCAGAUCCUUUCCCAGAGAGAAACUUGGCGAUCACGUUUCCACAUGAUGCUCACGUUUGGUGCUCUCCAAUUAUCCCUCCCCACAAAGAUAGGUGGCGUGUGUUGCAGGGUCUCUCCUCUCGCUCGUACAGAAAAGAAAAAGAAAAAAAUGUCAUUAGAAGAGGCGUAACACGUCAGUCCGUCCCCAGGAGCUGCAUCUCCCUUCACCUUUUCUCCUCCACUUCGCGGCUUCUUCAUGCUUUUUCUUCUCACCAUUUCUGGCCAAAACUACAAACAAGACUUCGCAGAGCCUGCGUGCUGCUGCCGCUGCCGCUGCCGCUGCUGCUGAAUCAGGGAGUCGAGCCCAUGCGAACUGCCAUCUGAUCCACUCUUAUCAAUGAAGCAGCAGAUCAUGGCGGAUGGCCCCAGGUGUAAGAGGCGAAAACAAGCCAACCCCCGGAGGAAAAACGUAGUGAACUAUGAAAAUGUAGUGGAAACGGGUUCAGAAACAGAUGAGGAGGACAAGCUACACAUUGCUGAGGACGAGAGUGCUAUCAACACUCUGGACCAGGAAACUAGUCCAGCCAGUGUGCCCAACCAUGAGUCUUCCCCACAUGUGAGCCAAGCAACGUUGCCCAGAGAGGAAGAGGAAGAUGAAAUGAGGGAAAGUGGAGUCGAUCACACCUGGCACAACAAUGAGAUCCUGCAAGCCUCUGUAGAUGGUCAAGAAGAAAUGAAGGAAGAUUAUGACACUAUGGGGCCUGAAGCCACAAUUCAGACCACUGGAAACAAUGGUACAGUGAAGAACGCAAAUUGCACGUCGGACUUCGAGGAAUAUUUUGCCAAAAGGAAACUGGAGGAAGGAGACGGGCAUGCAGUCAGCAUAGCAGAGUACCUGCAGCGCAGCGACACAGCCAUUAUUUACCCUGAAGCCCCUGAGGAACUGUCUCGCCUUGGCACUCCAGAGGCCAAUGGGCAAGAAGAAAAUGACCUGCCACCUGGAACUCCAGAUGCCUUCGCCCAACUGCUGACCUGCCCCUACUGCGACCGGGGCUACAAGCGCCUGACGUCCCUCAAGGAGCACAUCAAGUACCGCCACGAGAAGAACGAGGAGAACUUCUCGUGCCCUCUCUGUAACUACACGUUUGCCUACCGCACCCAGCUCGAGCGGCAUAUGGUGACACACAAGCCAGGGACAGAUCAGCACCAAAUGCUGACCCAAGGAGCAGGCAAUCGUAAGUUCAAAUGCACUGAGUGUGGCAAGGCCUUCAAAUAUAAACACCAUCUGAAGGAACACCUGCGAAUUCACAGUGGUGAAAAACCAUAUGAGUGUCCAAACUGCAAGAAACGUUUCUCCCAUUCUGGCUCCUACAGUUCGCACAUCAGCAGCAAGAAGUGUAUUGGUUUAAUCUCUGUAAAUGGCAGAAUGAGAAACAAUAUCAAGACGGGUUCUUCUCCUAAUUCUGUAUCUUCCUCUCCUACUAAUUCAGCCAUCACACAGCUGAGAAACAAGCUGGAGAAUGGCAAACCACUUAGUAUGUCUGAGCAAACAGGCCUACUGAAAAUUAAAACAGAACCACUAGAUUUCAAUGAGUACAAGGUUCUUAUGGCCUCACAUGGGUUUAGUGCAACUAGUCCUUUUAUGAAUGGUGGACUUGGAGCAACCAGCCCCUUAGGAGUUCACGCAUCUGCUCAAAGUCCAAUGCAGCACUUAGGUGUAGGGAUGGAAGCACCAUUGCUCGGGUUUCCUGCGGUAGGCAGCAAUUUAAGCGAGGUGCAGAAGGUCCUACAGAUUGUGGACAACACGGUUUCCAGGCAGAAAAUGGACUGCAAGGCUGAAGAGAUCUCCAAGUUGAAGGUUUACCAUAUGAAGGAUUCAUGCUCUCAAGCCGAGGAACAAGGAGUUACCUCCCCCAAUAUUCCCCCCGUGGGUCUUCCAGUAGUAAGUCAUAAUGGUGCCACUAAAAGUAUUAUUGACUACACAUUAGAGAAAGUCAAUGAAGCCAAAGCUUGCCUCCAGAGCUUGACCACAGACUCAAGGAGGCAGCUCAAUAACAUUAAAAAAGAGAAGCUGCGAACCCUAAUAGACCUGGUAACUGAAGACAAGAUGAUAGAGAACCACAACGUAUCCACUCCAUUUUCAUGCCAGUUCUGUAAAGAAAGCUUUCCUGGUCCCAUUCCGUUGCAUCAGCAUGAGCGUUACCUGUGUAAAAUGAACGAAGAAAUCAAGGCAGUCCUUCAGCCUCACGAGAACAUGGUUCCCAACAAACCUGGAGUGUUUGAUAAGCAAACCCUCUUGCUGUCAUCUGUACUUUCUGAGAAAGGAAUGACUAGCCCCAUCAACCCAUACAAGGACCACAUGUCUGUACUUAAAGCAUAUUAUGCUAUGAAUAUGGAACCCAACUCUGAUGAACUACUGAAAAUUUCCAUUGCUGUUGGCCUUCCUCAGGAAUUUG